GUUUAUUAUAUAAUGAGUGUUUAAUGCAACAUGCUACAAAUUAAUGCUGAUGUCCUUUUUAAUUGGAGCGAGACCGUUUCCAUUAAACUUUUGCUUACAUACGGGCACUUGCCAGUACGCGUGACGCGUGUUGGAGAUAUACAUCUAACCGAUGGCAAUGGAAACGGGUGUUGUGGCCUUGCGCCGACCGUUCGAUCCUGCGGCACAUGAGUUGGAUCCUAAUUUCCGACUCACAAAAUUUGCUGACCUAAAGGGAUGAGGGUGUAAAGUCCCUCAGGAAGCACUGCUCAAGCUUCUUGAGGGACUUCAGCAGGACAGCAAUGCCCAGGCUCAGGAACAGGCGCACUUUCAAUAUGUGGCCCAGAUCCCGCGCAUCGGCAUUGGAAUGGAUGCUUCUGUCACACCUCUGCGACAUGGAGGCCUUUCAUUGGUUCAGACAACAGACUUUUUCUACCCAUUGGUGGAUGAUCCUUACAUGAUGGGCAAAAUUACUUGUGCCAAUGUGUUGAGUGAUCUCUACGCCAUGGGUGUUACUGACUGUGACAACAUGUUGAUGCUGCUUGGAGUAAGCACCAAGAUGUCGGAUAAGGAAAGGGAUGUUGUUGUCCCAAUGAUGAUGAGAGGAUUCAAGGAUCUGGCUGAGGAAGCUGGUACAUCGGUGACUGGAGGUCAGACAGUCCUGAACCCAUGGCUUACCAUAGGAGGGGUAGCCACCACGGUCUGUCAGCCCAACGAGUUCAUCAUGCCUGACAAUGCAGUAGUGGGAGAUGUCCUGGUGCUUACCAAGCCUCUAGGGACCCAGGUGGCCGUGAACGCUUACCAGUGGCUUGACCAACCCGAGCGCUGGAACCGGAUCAAGCUGGUCGUCACAGAGGACGACGUUCGCAAGGCCUACCAAAGAGCUAUGUUCAGUAUGGCCAGGCUGAACAGGACAGCUGCCAGGCUAAUGCACAAGUUUAAUGCACACGGGGCCACAGAUGUGACAGGCUUCGGUCUACUGGGACAUGCCAAGAACCUCGCCUCGAUACAGAAGAAUGAGGUCUCCUUUGUGAUCCACAACCUGCCCAUCAUAGCCAAGAUGGCGGCGAUCAGCAAGGCCUGCGGGAACAUGUUUGGACUCUUGCAGGGACAGUCAGCCGAGACAUCCGGUGGUUUGCUUAUCGCCCUGCCAAGGGAGCAGGCUGCUGCAUUCUGCAAGGACAUAGAGAAAACUGAGGGCUACCAGUCCUGGAUCAUCGGCAUCGUGGAGAAGGGUAACCGCACAGCGCGGAUCAUAGACAAGCCUCGGGUCAUCGAAGUGCCUGCAAAAGACCGGGAAGGCGAGCUGUGGUAGAUGCAGCCAUGGCAAAUGUUUCGACUUACAAAAUCAUCUUAUGACUGUUUUUUUAU